AUGGAUGUAGAGCUGCAAUUGCUGUACCAAGGGCUUUUGGUUCACCAUCUCGAACGAGAUGAAAUUGAAUAUGAACUGGCCAUUAGAGCAGUUCAAUUCGAUCACACGGUUAGCGAGUCAGCCUUGCGCAGACGAUUACGCGAUCGCCUGCGAGAGGAAAAAGAAAAAAAUAUUGAGGAUAUGGAUUUCGGUAGGCGUAAUGAUUCAGUAGACGCGGAGAUAGGAAAAAUCGAUGCGGGAGUGAAAAAUAUCAGAGACUACCUAGAAAACAGAGUCCGGUUUGAAGGAAUCCGAGACUCGCUUAAAACGAGACUUGCGCACUAUUUUGCGAGAUGCUCUCGUGCACAAGAUUUCGCUGAGAAGGAUGAAGAUUUAAUAGAUUUAGACAAGUUGAAAAGUUCUAUACGAAGUGUAAUGAGCACAUUUUUCUCACUGUUUUCACCAAAUCCGGCGGUUCAAGCCGAGAUAGUUGCGCAAAUUACUCAAUCUAUAUCGAACCUAAAAAUGCAACAAGAACAAAACAAUGAUUCGUCCUCCAAUAGCCCCGACUCGCAAAACGAGCAAAGUAGGGAAACGGAGCUCAGCGGUCAGGAUGGAGCUGGGCCUAGCAAUAAUAAUAAACAUUCUUCAAAAAAGGGUCGUAAAUUGAAAUCGGUACCGGAUAAUAAAAAAAAACCAAAAGAAACCGAGAGAAUAGGAAGACGUUUCCGUUUGGAUAAAAGCUCCAAGAAACGACUACCGCGAUCAGACAGUACUGAAUCAGUAGAUACUUUAGAGUCGGAGUCCUCCAGCUCAUCGCCCUUGCCAUCACGUCGCAAGUACAAAUCAGAAACGCGCGGGCAAUCCACAAGGAAAUACCGUCCCGUUUCAGAUUGGAAUGUGCGAUACGAUGGAAAGGACAAUGGACAAGGACUUAUGAAAUUUAUACGCGAAGUAGAAUUCCUUGCGAAAUCAGAACGGGUAACACACAAAGAAUUAUUUAGAUCCGCGAUACAUCUUUUCGGUGGAACAGCGAAAUCGUGGUUUAUGGCGAGUGUCGAAAACGAAGAUUUUAGUUCAUGGAGGGAGCUUGUUCGUGAAAUAAAAAAAGAAUUCCUGAGUCCGGAUCACGACCAUGUUAGCGAAAUUCGCGCGGUUUCUCGCAAACAAGGUCAAAAAGAAAAAUUUCAAGAUUACCACUUCGAGAUGCAAAAGAUAUUUAAUUCUCUUACAAAACCGCUGUCAGAAGCAAAAAAAUUCGAAAUCGUUUUUCGUAAUAUGAGAUCGGAUUACAAAGGUCAUGCCGUCGCGUCAAAUAUUAAUAAUCUCGCGGAUUUGAAGAAAUUUGGAAGACAAUUAGAUGCCACGUUUUGGUUUAGAUACAACCCCCAUGGUGAGGAAACGAGUACGCGAAAUCGCGCGCAGGUCUACGAGAUGAACGCGAACACUAAAUCGAGGAGAGCACAAGACUUCACGAACGGUUCUCAUAAAACGCGAAAUUUCUAUCGGUCACAAAGAAGUAAUGCCUCGGAAGACGAAAAGUUUAUAAAGCCAACAAAGCACGAAUCACCGAAACCCGCGGACGAACGCGAACCAAAAACCAUCCGUGACUCUGAUGUGUGGUUUCCACAAUGUGGACACAAAAGCAUGCCCCUAUUGUUCAAAAAACGAGAAGAUGACCGCUUGUUAGGGCAAACGAGUCAGAAAAAUGUCCAAAACCCCUACCACUUUACCGAUAUAUGCUCGAGUCUCCCCCUGGUGGGAUAUCAUAAAGUAGUUCAUAACGAAUAUAUUCAAACAUCUGAUGUCGAGGUCGAUGAACAUUUUAUUCAUGUUUCCAACGACGAUAGGCCACAUAUUGAAGUUAGUGCAUAUGACAUACCUUUAAUAGGUUUGUUGGACAGUGGUGCGAAUCGGUCUAUUCUAGGUAGAGGAGCCCAACAGUUAAUUCAAAUAUGCAAGCUGAAAGUGUAUAAUACCGAGGUGGAUGUAGUCACCGCUAGUGGGGAAAAGUUAAUAGUAUCGGGAUAUGUGAGCCUACCCAUAACAUUCAACGGUACAACUAAACUUAUAGAUAUGUUGAUAAUACCAUCAUUAAGACGCCGUUUGAUACUUGGUUCAGAUUUUUGGAAAGCCUUUGGGAUAGUUCCAUACAUUCCCCAAGUAUCAGUUGAGGUCGUAGAUGAAAUUUCCGAAGAUAUUGGAUUGUCCGAAGCUCAGCAGCAAGAGCUAGAACAGGUCAAAACUGCGUUUAAAGCCUCUGUCGAAGGUCAACUUGAAACAACUACAUUAAUUAACCAUCGAAUCGAGCUGACCGAGGAAGCCAAAAAGCAACUUCCUGUUCGGAUCAAUCCUUUUCCUAUAUCUCCAGCGAGGCAAAACCAAAUAAACGUCGAGUUAGAUUCUAUGCUCGAAAGCGGAAUAAUAGAACGCUCCUAUAGUGACUGGGCUUUACGGUUGGUGCCCGUUGAUAAAUUAGAUGGAUCGGUUCGCCUCUGUCUGGAUGCACGGAAGUUGAACGAACGCACUGUCAGGGACUCUUACCCUCUACCACAUGCGGACCGUAUACUUAGUCGGCUUGGCCCAAGUAGAUACAUCUCUACGAUAGACUUAUCGAAGGCCUUUCUGCAGAUCCCUCUACAUCCAAAAUCAAAAAAGUUUACGGCAUUCUCGGUGUUGGGACGGGGGUUGUUUCAAUUCACGCGAAUGCCCUUCGGCUUGGUAAAUAGUCCCGCAACCUUGUCGCGACUCAUGGACCGGGUGUUGGGAGGAAGUGAACUGGAACCAAACGUGUUUGUCUACCUGGACGACAUAAUCGUCGUGAGCAACACGUUUGAAGAGCACCUUGACAUGCUUAGGGAAGUGGCUACCCGACUCAGAUCAGCAAAUCUCUCCAUUAACUUAUCUAAAUCUCAAUUCUGUGUGUCAGAAGUACCCUACUUGGGGUAUAUUCUUAGCAGACAAGGUCUAAGGCCUAACCCCGACCGGGUCGAAGCGAUAGUAAAUUUCGAAAAGCCAAAAUCGCUGAGGGCGUUGAGAAGGUUUUUAGGAAUGUGCAAUUAUUAUAGAAGGUUUAUUGCUAACUAUAGUGCAAUCGUACAGCCUUUAACCGACCUGCUGAAGGACAAACCCAAGACAGUGCACUGGAAGGACUUAUCCGAGAAAGCAUUUGUCAAGAUAAAGGAACUUUUGAUCACGGCCCCUAUCUUAACCAGUCCGGACUUUAGUUUACCCUUUUCCAUACACUGUGACGCUAGCGAUUCGGCGAUUGCAGGGGUCCUGACUCAACCAUACGAAGGGGUAGAUAAACCGAUAGCCUACUUUUCACAGAAACUCAGUACACCUCAGCAAAGAUAUUGCGCCACUGAAAAGGAGGCACUGGCCGUGUUGAAGUCUCUUGAAAAGUUUCGCUGUUACGUUGAAGGAACAAAGUUCAUCGUAUAUACGGAUGCUUCAGCACUAACUUACAUAUUGCGAAGCAGUUGGCGAACAUCAUCAAGACUAUGCCGUUGGAGCAUCGAGCUUCAGCGACACGAUAUAGAAAUCAAACACCGAAGGGGGGUUGAUAAUGUUAUCCCGGAUGCUCUUUCUAGAUCUAUCGAGGUACUCAGCUCUACUUCGGAUAAAUCGGAGUGGUAUCACAAAAUGUUUAAACGAGUCCAACAGGAUAACGAGAAGACGAAAGACUUUCAGAUCGAAAGUGGAAUUCUGAAGAAAUUUGUCGCCAGUACAGAAGGAAAGAAUAUUAAUAGAAGAACACGAUGA